UUGACGACAGCUUGUAUGGAGUAGUAGUAGAGAAGAUAGAGACAGAGAGUAUCUGUAAGAAAGCUACCUAGGUACUCAAUUCUACGGAGAACUACUAUUUCGUUUCUUGUAUCGUCUACUUCCCAACCUUCAAGGACCUGUAAUUGAAAUCACCCCCUCCCUCCUCCCCCGUCUCAUCCCCCUCCCACUCGCGCAGCGCAUGAGGUAGCCUGUGCACACCGGCGGGCGCCAUCCCACUCCGUACAAUCGAAACGUACCCCGAAUCCGCGGCACACUUCUCUCCGAUCACAUAGAUUGCCUGGUCAUUUCCUGUCAUCUUCAGCAUGGCUACCGCCUUGACCCUUCGCGACCUGCAGAAGCGCUCGAUAGAACGAAUCCUCAACCUCAACGCCGACCCCAAAUCCUCCUCCGAACACAACGAUCACCACGAUGGUUCCAGCGCGCUCUCUACACAGACUCCCAUACUCACCGAGUCCGGUGAGCCCAUAUGGAAGGUUCUUGUCUUUGACAACCUGGGUCGGGAUGUGAUAUCAAGUGUCCUCAGAGUCAAUGACUUGCGGGCUUGGGGGGUCACGAUCCAUUUGAAUAUAAACACAACUAGGCACAGCAUUCCCGAUGUUCCCGUCAUAUACCUUAUCGAACCCACCGCCGCAAACCUUGAAAUCGUCACCUCCGACCUCUCGCGGGGCCUCUAUUCCCCUGCCCACCUCAACUUUCUAUCUUCAGUACCACGGCCAUUGCUCGAAGACUUUGCCGCCUCGACUGCCGCCGCAGAAACAGCUCCACAUCUAGCUUCCAUAUUCGACCAAUACCUCAACUUCAUCGUCUCGGAACCGGAUCUGUUCAAUCUCGGAAUAGAUGGCGCAUACCACCAACUCAAUAGUGCUCAGACAUCGGAUGAGGAGCUGGAUGCCAUGGUGGACCGCAUAGUGUCGGGACUGUUCUCUGUUGCAGUGACCAUGGGCACGAUUCCCAUAAUUCGCUGCCCCAAGGAGGGUGCGGCAGAGAUGAUUGCUGCAAAGCUUGAUCGCAAACUACGCGACCAUUACCUCAAUAAUAAGACUGGACUAUUCUCUGGUAGCGAUCAGAAGUCAGCCGCCGCCGUUUCCUCACGACCAGUGCUGAUCAUUGUGGAUCGAAAUGUCGACCUCCUCCCAAUGCUUAGCCACUCAUGGACGUAUCAAUCCCUGAUUACCGACAUCCUGGACAUGCGGCUGAACAAAAUAAAAGUCACUGUCCCAGUGGACGAGAACAACCCUGCCAAGGGAACCCGCAAAGAAGAGUAUGACCUGCAAAGCUCGGACUACUUUUGGCUCCGAAACGCCACCCGGCCUUUCCCCGAUGUGGCGGAGGAUAUUGAUAUUGAAUUGAAGAAGUAUGAAGAGGAUGCUUCGGAGGUGACCAAGAAGACUGGUGCGACCUCUUUGGACGACCUACAGGGUGGUGGCAUCGCCGCGCAUCUCAAGGGCGCCAUGGCUCUACUGCCGGAGCUGAAGGAGCGCAAAGCCACACUUUCCAUGCAUAUGAAUAUCCUCAAGCAAAUAGUCAAGGGAAUUGAGGACCGCAAAGUCCACGAAUUCUUCCAGCUCGAAGAGGAUAUCACCAAGCAGACGAAAGCCCAGGUUCUCGAGACCAUCAAGAGCUCGGAGAAGGGCAACGAACCCAUCGACAAACUGCGCUACUUCAUCCAAUGGUACCUCGCCACCGAACAAGAAAUCUCCCGCGCGGACAUGGAAAACUUCACGCAAUCCCUCGAAGCCGCCGGCGCCGACACCUCCUCCCUCCAAUACGUGAAGACGGUCCGCCAACUAACCCGCAUGAUGAUGAUCUCCUCCGCACCAAACCAGCCCACGCAGCCCGCGAGCCAACUCUUCGGCGGCUUCAGCAGCCUCUCGUCGCGCGUGACGGACCGCUUCAAGGAAGCCGGCCUGGGCGCCAACUUCGAUGGCCUCGUCUCCGGCAUCAAGAACCUCGUCCCCAAGAACACCGACCUCACCCUCACCAAGAUCACAGAGUCCCUCAUGGACCCGCAGAACGCUUCCUCCUCCGCCAUCUCCAAGACGGAAUCCUACCUCUACUUCGACCCGCGCUCCGCCAACGCGCGCGGCACCAUCCCGCCCGCCAGCCAGGCGCGCAACCAGCAGGGCGCCGUCGGCCGCGGCAUCGAGGCCAGCUUCGGCCAGCGGCGGCAGGGCUUCAGCGAGGCCAUCCUGUUCACUGUCGGUGGCGGCUCCAUGGACGAGUACGGGAAUCUGCAGGAGUGGGCGAAGCGCACGAGCGCGGCGGGCCCGAAGCGUCGCGUCGUGUAUGGUAGCACUGCAUUAAUGAGCGCCACAGAGUUUGUCACCAAGGAUCUCGCGGCCCUGGGCAAGGAGACAAAAUAGAAAAAUAAAAUCGACCUCGAUGUAGCAGUAAACGUAGUAGCCGUGUAGUCAUCGUAGACAGACAGAUAUCCACACAUCUCCGGAGAAGAAAAUAAUACAAGGAGACACAUUGCAUAACCAGC